UAUGUGGCAAAUGUUAAUCGUCUAAGGUCACACAGUUUUCACCUGUUGUUCCAUUGAGCAAAUCAGAAUGUUAAAAGCUGGUACAUAAUUUAUGCUUCUGAACCGUCUGAUUAGAUUGAAUGAUUUUGAUUAGCUGACUCGUUGAAUAGGUGAAGUUCAAGAGAAGCAGAGAAUCCAGGCUACCAAAACAACUAAACUGAAAAGCUUCUUAUAAAGAGAAAACCGUUGCUCCUCCUCUUUCUGUCACUGGUUCUUGUUAUGAUAGUAAGCAACUGAAGGAGAGAUUGAAUGAGAAAUGGCGUCGAAGCUGAGAACGUGUUUCGUGUGCUGGAAUCUGAGUGGCUUCAACUGCGUUAACCUCUCUAACGGCAAUGGUAGAAUAGUGCGAGUUUCGUUUCCAGCUUCUUGUAAAAUGCGACACCGCACCACUCUCAGCAGUUUGCAGCAUAAGAGGCAACAGAUCAAGCCUUCUACUGAGGUAGGUCUCCGUCAAAAUAAAGAUGAGGAAGAAGAUUCAGAGGUUUCUUCCAACAACGAUGAUUCUGUGGACAAUACAAAUGAAACUAAGGAUUCUGUGGACAAUACAAAUGAAACUGAGGAGCCUUUGGUUAUAAACAUAAAUGGAGCAGAACUGGCUAAACAGUUGUCUGGUAAGCAACGUGAGGAUUUGCUGGGCAUGAUAAGAAAUGCAGAGAAAAACAUUCUUCUUUUAAAUCAAGCUAGAGUUCGUGCACUUGAAGAUCUUGAAAAGAUUCUUGCUGAAAAGGAUGCAUUGCAAGGAGAAAUCAAUGCCUUAGAGGCGAGAUUGGCUGAGACUGAUGCACGAAUUAAAGCUGCCGCCCAAGAAAAAAUACGCGUGGAACUAUUGGAGCAGCAGUUAGAAAAACUUCGUAAUGAGUUGGCCGAAAAGGGAGGUACUGAAGCAAGAUAUGAAGAAUUGCGUGACCUUCAAAAUGGAGAUUUGAGGGAUGCAAACCCUCUCAGUAAUAAGGGUAUUAUUCAUUCUCUUACUGAGGAGCUUAAUUCAUUAAGGACAGAAAAUGCAUCCAUGAAGAAUGAUUUAGAAUCAUUUAAAACGCAUAUUAGUGUUGUCAAGAAUGAUGAUGAACGUUUGGUGGCAUUGGAAAAGGAACGAUCAUCUUUGGAAUCAGCCCUAAAGGACUUGGAAUCAAAACUAUGUUCUCAGGAGGAUGUAUCAAAACUUUCUAUACUGACAGUUGAAUGCAAGGAUUUAUCGGGUAAGGUUGAAAAUUUGCAAUCUUUGCUAGAUAAAGCAACCAAACAGGCUGAUCAAGCUGUUAUUGUGCUGCAACAAAAUCAGGAUCUUCGGAGGAAGGUUGAUGAGUUGGAAACAUCUCUUGAAGAAGCUAAUAUCCAUAAGCUAUCAUCUGAUCAAUUGCAAAAAUAUAGUGAACUAAUGAAACAAAAGAUAAAUGUGUUGGAGGAGCGUCUUCAAAAAUCAGAUGAAGAGUUAAAUUCUUACAUUCAGCUAUAUCAAAAAUCAGUGAAGGAAUUUCAAGAUACGCUUGAUACUCUGAAAGAACAAAGCAAGAGAAAGGCACUGGAAGAGCCUGUGGAAGAUAUGCCGUGGGAAUUUUGGAGUCAACUGUUACUUCUAAUUGAUGGCUGGGGAAUAGAAAAGAAAAUAUCAGUAGAUGAUGCAAGUCUUUUAAGAGAAAAGGUAUGGAGGAGAGACAGGCGUAUUAGUGAAACAUAUAUGGCCUACAAAAAACAGAGUGAACCUGAGGCUAUUUCUGCAUUUCUUGGUCUUUUAUCUUCUGAAACAAGUCAAGGAUUACAUGUGAUUCAUAUUGCAGCAGAGAUGGCACCAGUAGCUAAGGUUGGUGGUUUGGGGGAUGUUGUCAGUGGUCUAGGUAAAGCACUGCAAAAGAAAGGACACCUUGUUGAAAUUGUGCUUCCCAAAUAUGAUUGUAUGGAAUAUGAUCGUGUCUGCAACUUACGGGCUUUGAGCGUGGAGAUAGAGUCAUACUUUGAUCACCAAUUAUACAAAAAUAAAAUCUGGGUUGGCAGUAUUGAAGGUCUUCCUGUUUAUUUUAUUGAGCCCCAGCAUCCUUCUAAGUUCUUUUGGAGAGGAAAAUUUUAUGGCGAGGAUGAUGAUUUCAGAAGAUUUUCAUUUUUUAGCCGUGCUGCUCUUGAGUUUCUUCUGCAAGCUGGCAAGAAACCAGAUAUCAUUCAUUGCCAUGAUUGGCAGACAGCAUUUAUUGCUCCUCUGUACUGGGAGAUAUUUGUACAUAAAGGAUUAAAUUCAGCUAGGAUAUGCUUUACAUGCCACAACUUUGAGUAUCAGGGGACUGCAGCAGCUUCAGAGUUAGACUCAUGCGGUCUUGUUAGCCAGAAUCUAAACAAAUCAGAUAAAAUGCAGGACAACUCAGCACGGGAUAGAGUUAAUUCUGUCAAGGGUGGGAUUGUUUUCUCAAACAUUGUGACAACAGUUUCACCUACUUAUGCCCAAGAAGUGAGAACUGCAGAGGGAGGACAUGGUCUCCAUUCAACACUCUCUUCCCACUCCAGAAAGUUCGUUGGUAUUCUUAAUGGUAUUGAUACUGAUGCAUGGAAUCCUGCCACUGAUGCAUUUCUUCCAGUCCAGUACAAUGCAACUGAUCUGCAAGGGAAAGUAGAGAAUAAACAAGCCUUGAGAAGGAAACUAGGUCUUUCAUCUGCAGAUAUUAGGAGGCCAUUGGUUGCUUGUAUAACAAGAUUGGUUCCACAAAAAGGUGUUCAUCUUAUUAGACAUGCAAUAUAUCUAACAUUUGAGUUGGGAGGACAAUUUGUUCUACUUGGUUCAAGUCCAGUGCCACAUAUUCAGAAAGAAUUUGAGGGCAUUGCCAACCACUUUCAGAAUCAUGAUCACGUGAGGUUGAUAUUGAAGUAUGAUGAAUCUCUCUCUCAUGCAAUUUAUGCUGCAUCUGACAUGUUCAUCAUUCCAUCGAUCUUUGAACCUUGUGGCCUAACACAGAUGAUAUCAAUGAGAUAUGGUGCCAUACCUAUUGUCAGAAAAACCGGUGGCCUAAAUGACAGUGUUUUUGAUGUUGAUGACGAUACAAUACCUUCACAGUUUCGAAAUGGAUUUACAUUUGUGAAUCCUGAUGAGCAGGGAUUAAACGGUGCUCUGGUACGAGCAUUGAAUCUCUUUAAGAACAAUCCUGAGAGGUGGAAGCAACUUGUUCAGAAGGACAUGAACAUAGAUUUCAGCUGGGAAACAUCAUCAGCAGAAUAUGAAGACCUCUACUUAAAGUCUGUGGCAAGAGCGAAGGCAGCAAAACGUGCUUAGUUGACAAUAGAAGGCUUCCCCUUUGAAAUCGUUCAGUUUUGUCAAUUUUUGGAUGCGGAGAUUAGAGCUCAGAGUUAAAUAUCAACCGACAGGACUUAACUGAACAUUUCAUGCUAAAAAAUUUCAUAUUGGGAAAGAAUAUAACGACGAGUGCAACACGGUUGCUGAAAAUAUGCCGUUGAUUCCAUGCCUCCUUGCUCAGUAACUCCCGUUUUUUGUCAUGGAAGCAAUAUUUUUUUACACUUUGACGAAUUCUAGGUGAUAUUUCAACUUUAGUAUGACUAGCAACAUUGUGCAGUUCUUUUUCUGUUAUUACUCUUUUGUUUUUCUUUUUAAUAUUUCAACAGUAUACAGAGGUCCAUACAUGUAAAUCGUGACAACUUUGUUCCCCCAACAAAAGAAAAUGUAUAAAAGAUUAAACAAAAAAA